CACACACUUUAUCUCAAGUCACAAGUUUCGAUGUCAUAUCAAAACAGCUGUUACAGAUAAGUUAUUGUGCAUGUAUUAAGCUUCAAAAUUUGAAACAUUAAAAUGGAUGUUUACUCUGUUGGAUCAGAGAGGGAGUUGAAUGGAUUCAUAGACAGAUAUGUGCGACCGGAUACGGUAUUUCAAACCAGUUGUAACACCAUCGUUGACAGAUUGGUCCACUUCCUGCAGAACAACGUGUCAGGCAGGCUACGACCACGUCGUGUUGUUAAGUCUGGGUCAUUGGGAAAGGGCACAGCGGUCCGUGGAAAGUCGGACAUAGACCUCGUGCUGAUGUUAGCGGCGUACACCGACGUUGAAGCCUUGCUCAAGGACAUUAAGGCGCUCCUAGCCGAACUCCAGACCUACCUAGUGAGAUACGGAGAAGCGCGCCUGGAGAGGGUCACAAGUUACUCCGUCCAGGUGGAGCUCACGGGAGGGGGCGUCACACAGUCGGUGGACAUUCUUCCAGCUGUUGAUCUGCUCGAAAUCGGUGUUAUACCAAAAGAAAUCUACGACAAGAUGUCCCGCCCUGGUGCCAAUAUUCACGAAUAUUCCGUGACCUUAGGACCACUGCAAGUGGAGAUCAUCAAAGCUCUCCCCGCCAAGGUCAAGGACCUGAUUCGCAUUAUAAAAUACUGGGAGGACGUCAAAAUGAAGUCAGUCAAAAACAGGAAGUGGCCUAGUUCAUACACACUGGAGUUGGUUAUCUUACAUGCGUGGAACCAAGCUGGCAAACCGGAAAGUUUUAACAUGGCACAUGCUCUGCACGCGGUGCUGACGUUGUUGGUGGAGCACCAGCAGCUGAAGGCAACAUUUCCUGAUCAGAUGAAGUACUCCUCAAGACUUUUAAGGAUAAGAUCCCCGCCGUACAUAAUGGACCCGACCAAUCCAUACAACGACAUGUACCACGGCCUGUUCGACACCGCGUGGGACUGGGAAGACGUUGCCAUGGAAGCACGCGCCUGGUUACGUAAACCGCUUCUGUGUCAGCUUCGUAAUACGCGCAACCGUUGGCAGUAAAACUGACAGACAACAGUAGCAACUACAUGUACUAAAACACUUUUUAUCAUUGCGAUGAUUUCAAUACUCAAAAAGUCAAGAUCUUGCAUGUAACCCCCAAUAAGGCGUAAAUUAAUGUCUUUUCAUAAAAAAAUAUGUUAAUGCCACAACCAAACAUAUAAUGCAGUCAAAUAAUGUUAAAUUAAAUAGAAAUUUAGCCAUGCUUUUUCAUUAGACUUUCAAAUUAAGAAAUGUGUUCUAUUACUAUCAUAAAUUGACUAGAAUAUGUACAUCCACAAAAUCAACUUUUAAACACACUAUCCUUUCGCUAUCGCUUUCUUUUUUAUUAUUGAUUAUUAAUUAUUAUAUAUUAUUUAUAUUUACGAAUAUUUUUGUUUGGGAUUUUGGGAUUCUGUCCAAUGAUUUUCCUAUUUUUUAUAUAUUGUGAUUUUUGUUGUGAUUUCUUGGCCGCUUGUGAAUGAAUACAUUUUUCAUAUGUAUAUUCGUGGACAUUAUUUCUAUAUAUGCAUUGUUAAAAUAAACUGUUUAAACUGUCUAAUAAAUGGUAAAUCUUU